AUCACUCGUUAUACCGGCACAUCUCGAGUUACCUUUUUACUAGCAACACAGCGUGGUUUUCGAGUGCAAAAUAAGCCAAAAUGUCAGCGUACAAGUACAUAGCCGGUUCGGCUUUUCUGGUCACCGUUCUGUUGACCGUCAACACCGUACUCGCUAAUGGAUCUAACAAUUCCUAUGCUCCCGCCAACGAGUUAUACAGAUCAAGUCUGAUUGUCGGUUCCAGAGUGCCCGGCGACAGACUCGCUGUUCUGCAGAGAAUCGAAAGAUAUCCUAGCUCGGGAAGGGUCCAGGUUAUUGAGAAGACCUUUGAUGUCUCAAGGUGGGGACGUAUCACUCUGCUUGAAGCAUUGGACCAGACGCCGUAUGGCGCGUACGUUAGUAUUCUGAGAGGUGGACUUGGACAGAACUACGUCACCCUGAAGUUCCAGAGUCAGAGGGGUCAAAGCAUUAAGUACCUUCUUCAGAUUUUUGCACGGUCUUAUUAACCACAGUGGGAGCAGUUCUUAUGACUGAUGAAAUAUUAUUGCAACAACUGUCAUCAUUGCUGCUAAAAGAAGACACGUCACUAAAUAUUCCUUUUAUUCACUUUAAUUGUUUGAUAUCUUGUAUAUAUCACUAAUAAAUCAACGUAAUUGAUGUAA